AUUUAUUGAUAAUUAUUUCAUAAUUUCCUACAUAACGUUCUUAAUUAAAUUUCUUAUAUUGUUUCGCAUAUUUUAUUAUAUUGACCUUAUCUAUGUAUUAUAAGUCUCCCCCAAUUGGCAAAAUAUAGAUAGGAAUACAUAGAAUAAUAUAUUUUUUUUUCUGAAAACUUUUCAAUCAUUCUAAAUUAUCAAAUACCGAAUAAAUAAAUAAAAAGUUCACAAAUUUAUAUUAUCUCAAAAUGAAAGGAUUACACAAGAUUUUAUGUUUAACCGGUUCCUUAUAUAUUUUAUCCUGUAGUUUUUUUUCAUCUGGUGUUUCCGCAGCUGGUGCCAAGCGUGAGAAGGUCAUCCCCGCACGUGUUCCAAGCACGAUAGAGGAAUUGGAUGCAGAAGGAGUAUAUACCAGAUCCGAAUGGAAAAAGAAAAAAUGGUCCGAAUUUAUGAAAUCAAUGGAGGGAGAUUUUAAAGAAUUUAUGGUUUAUUUGGAAAAUGAAAAAAAAGCUGGCUAGAAGGAAAAGAUGAACAAUGGGAACAAUGGAAAGAAUAUAUGGAAAAAAAAUGGGAGCACUAUGACGAAUAUACCUUUAAAGAAUUAUUGUCCAAUAAAGCAAAAGAUGCAUUAACAUGGAAUGACAAAGAAUGGACAAAUUGGGUAAGUAAAAACGGAAGAUUGGCAUUGAAAGGAGAUUGGAAUAAAUGGGUUAACGGACAGGAUGUCUUUUUCAAAUCAGGUAUUAAUAAUGAUUGGAAAAAUUGGAGUGAGUUCAAAAGGAAAGAAUAUGGAUUAAUCGAAUGGAAAUAUUUUGAAGAUAAAUUCUGGAAAUACUGGAUGAAUAAUUCAAAAGUUAAUGGAAUUGAUGAAAAAAUGGCAAGAAAGACUUGA